AUGUGUGUCUUGGAUUUUGGAGGACAAUGGGAUGAUCAACUACCCUUGGUAGAAUUUGCCUAUAAUAAUAGCUAUCAUUCUAGUAUUAGGAAGGCACGUUGUGAGGAACUAUAUGGCAGGAAGUCUUUCAGCAGGCAGAAGAGCUAUGCUGAUCCAAGGUGGAAAGAUGUAGAAUUUGUAGUGGAUGACUAUGUGUUUUUGAAAGUUUCUCCUAUAAAAGGAGUUAUGAGAUUUGGGAAGAAAGGUAAGUUGGCAUCCCGUUACAUAAGACCUUUUGAGAUUACAGAUAGAAUGAGAGCAGUAGCCUAUCGAUUGGAGUUACUACCAAACUUUUCUCAUGUCCACCUAGUGUUUCACAUCUCCAUACUUAGGAAGUAUGUUCCCAACCCUUCUCAUGUGCUGCAACCAGAUACAGUGGAGUUAAAUGAGAACUUAACAUUUAAGGAGCAGCUUGCAACCGUAGUGGACUAUCAGAUGUAA